CUCUCUCUCUCUCUCUCUCUCUCUCUUUCGGGAAUAACACCCCCCCCGUCGAUUCUGUGGAGAUAGGCUGCAGCUGGUCGGAGCAGACUGCUGAGCUAAGGUGCGCGCGCCUCCGCUCGCGAGGGAAACGGCAAGCUUGCACAUGGGACGCGACCGUUUCCCCGAGCUCUGUGGCCUGGCCGGCGUUUUUGCCGCCAAAUUCGCGUUCCUGGCUUAGAGAGACUUACUGACUUACUCUAGCCUGGCUUCGGCCGCGCGAUCUACAGCGCGCGCAAUGUGUAACGAUUGGCGCAAACGACUAAUUGUCAUUCUUAGAUCAGUGUUCUAUUGUUGUCUUGUCAACAGUCAUACCAGGUGUGUGCGAGUUUUAGCUGUGCAAUUAUUACGUAAUUGGCGAUUUACUCUCUCUAAUCCUAUUGUUUCUAACUAUUCAUUUCUGUGAGUAGUUCCGUGGAGCACAUGCAGAAAACGGUAAGAAACUUAAUACAAAAAUCGGUAUUUUUAUCAAGAGUGUGGAUUGUGACACUUAAAUAGCGUAACGACAAUGGGGUGCCCGCGCAUGUACUGUAAUACUCAAUACAUGAAUCAAAGUCGCCGGUGCCACAAUUUAGAUGAUAAGCUGUCAGACGGUCGGCGAGAGCUUUGUGAGCAUUCAUUUUGAAGUGCCGUUCGAAGGCUCUCGCUUAACCCGUCUGAUUUAGUCAACAUACGCCCGCACAUUGCUUGCUCUCUCUUUCUCUGAGAAGUCUCUCCCACGAGCACAUCACGCAUUAUCGUGUCGUAGAGCGCACCUCUGUUUUUUUUAAAUAAUUUCAAUUUGAUAAAAUGUGCACAGUUACAACUAGGGUAGUAUGCACUCUAUGAUUUGUUUUAUCCUUCGAUAAAAAAUAUUUUGUAGCCUUAAUCCGGCACAGAAUUAAAUACAAAUAACAUCAGUCCACACCGCUUCUCAAAAGUACUGAUGGGUUGUGGAGCAAGUUGUUGGGGAGCCCCGAGAAGCAUUGACGGUCGCCUCUUUCGCCUGGCAGGUCCACUCGUUCUACCCGGGCCAGCCGCUGCCCAGCAGACUGCAGCAAGGCCUCCAGCAAGGAAGACAGACGCCACAGUAUUACUCCAGAGGGAAGAACAUGCCGCGGUCCGGCAGCGACCAGCACUUGCCCCGGGUCGAAUACCAACACCCACCCCAGCGCACGGCGCACACCAUGCUCCGGCCGGGGACGCUGUCGCACUAUGGCCGAUACAGCUCGGCCGCCGGCCAGCACGCCAACCAGCACGCCGGCCAGCACGGCUACCGCCGCGGCAGGCCUUCCCUGGACUACGCGUCCGACACCGAGGCCACGUGCUCGCCGUCCACGAGGUCGUCGUCGUCCUACUACUACUACCGGGACCGGUCCGGCGCGCAGGGCUCAUCUGCCGCGUCAGCCGCGCUGUCACGCCUGGGCUCCGCCACGCUCUCGCGGGGCGGCUCGCUGCGCUCCAACUCUCUGCCGCGAGACCACCGCGGCCCCGGGCCCAUCUCCAUGGGCACCCUGGGGACCCUGAGCCGGUCGCUGGUGCCGUCGUCGCCGGCCGCCGGCAGGCACCAGCUGGCGUCCGGGCGACCGCCCUCGGCCGCGCACCAGCUCCUAGACCACCACUACGACAGCGACAGCGCGCUCUCCGCACCCGACCUGCCCCUCAGCAGGAGGGACCGAGUGAGGGGUCGCCUUCCGUCCUCGCCGAGCGUGUUCACGGCCGACGAGUACCGAGCGUGGCUACAGCGGACGCCCUCCACCAGCGCCAUUUACGAGAGGAUCCGGGCCAACCGCGACGCCGCGCUCGCGCACCAGCGAGCGUCGAGGCUCACGUUUUCCGCCGAAAACCUCAACCUGCUGGACCGAGCGAGAGAGGAGGGUGGCUCGUCCUACUAUGGCUACCGGGCGCCCCUCACCAGCACCUUGGACAGGCACACCUUUGGGGCGGGCAGGUCACCGUCUGCGUCGGCGCUCAGCUCGGUGAGCUCAGUAGGCCGCUCGCAGUCGAUGCGGCGCAUGCGCCAGCACCUCCUUGAGCUUGAGGCCAGCGCCAGGCACAGCGGCACCCUGAGCCGCACGUCUUCGUCGGUCGUUCCGGAGUCCACUCGCUCGCGCAUCAUGGAGAUCAACCCGUCCGAGUUUCUCAAGUACAAGAUGGACAAGGCGGGUUCCGUGACGAACGUGCCCGGCGCGGCUGGCGUCGGCCCUGGCGACCUCCUCGGCGACGCAGGUACCCCGGGCGUCAGCGGCCUCCUUUGGGUGCACCUGCUGGCGGGGCGGGGCCUGCGGGCGUCUGGCUCCGGAUCGGCGGCUACCACGCCCUCAACUCCUUCGGCGCCAAGUCCAUUAGGAAGCGGCAACGCCAUGAGAGACCUUUAUUGCGUGCUGGAAUGUGAUCGGGUGCACAAAGCACGGACCGUGGUGCGGACGGGAGACCUUGUCUUCGACUGGGAUGAGACGUUCGAACUGGACCUCGUGGCAAACAGGGAGCUGGACUUCCUUAUCUAUUCCUGGGAUCCUCAGUACAGGCAUAAGCUCUGCUACAAGGGAUCGGUUCACCUUUCCUCUCUUCUUCGCCAAUCACCAAUUCACCAAUUGGCCCUGAAGAUUGAACCAAGAGGUACAUUGUAUCUCCGACUGAGACACACUGACCCUCAUUCAACAUUUUCACGGAAACAUGCGACUGCUACACACCCUCUCCUAACUCGGCCUGGUGGAAAAUCCUUAGCAGCGACAGCAGGUCUGUUGUUUGGCGUCGACUUGGAGUCAGUAGUAAAUCGAGAAAACAUCUCUGGGGGUGUGCCUGGCGGUGUUCCGACCUCGGUGUCUCUAGCAACUCAGGGAGCAUCACAAGUACCUCUUAUUAUUAGAAGAUGUGUUGAAGAAAUUGAGAGGAGAGGGCUAGAUAUCAUUGGUUUAUAUAGAUUAUGCGGCUCUGCUACGAAAAAACGGAUAUUAAGAGAGGCAUUUGAACGAAACGCUCGUACCGUCGAUCUAACACCAGACAAUGUUCCUGAUAUAAAUGUCAUAACAGGAGUGUUGAAGGAUUAUUUAAGGGAGUUGCCAGAACCUCUGUUUACAAAAUGCCUAUACCAAAUGAUGCUGGAUGCGCUCACAGUAUGCCUACCUGAUGACCCCGAAGGGAACGCCAAACUUAUGUUCUCCAUUUUAGACUGUUUACCUAAAGUAAAUCGAGCAACUUUAAUAUACUUAAUGGACCACUUGGCGUUGGUUGUGUCACAAUCUGAGAGGAACAAAAUGACACCACAAAACCUUGCUGUCUGUUUUGGCCCCGUCAUGAUGUUACAAACUGAAGAAGGCCGAGAGUUAGAUUUCAAUCAAACUAUCAGCGUAUUGAGAUAUCUUCUCGAAAUAUGGCCGUGCAAGUCAGGAAAUAGGUACCAAGAUAGCAGGGGCUUUGACCAGGGUUCUGACUCAACAUCAGAUCAACACCUCUUAUUUCGGGAGGUACUAUGCGCCAGCACUCUCCAGUCCACGAGUUUGACGACUUCCUUGGGCUCGCAGAAGCCGCCGCCCGUCAAGCCAUCCCCAGCCGCCCACCUCACCUCGCUGUCGCGGGUCCAGAGCUCUUCUCCAGUUGUGGUCUCGUCCCCGAUAAGUGACUCGUCGCCCAGCCCCUCCCCGCCGGAGGAGGCUGAGAUUCUGAGGAGCAUCCCCAAGGCCGGCGCCGCGCCCCGCGGGCCACCUCCGCGCAUCGAGCCGCGGCGCAGCUUGCCCAAACAGGGCGAGCACGACGUGAACGGCCUGUCGCUGCAGCGGCAGCACAGCCAGCCUCCCGGACUCCCACCUAGGAAUGCGUCCACAUUGCAGAGGAAGUGGUCCGCCAACGGCAACGGCACCCCGCCACCCAGGACCGCGCUCACCUCGCGGCCACUCCCCAGCCCACCGGUCAACAGCCGCCCGAUCCCCAUGGCGCCGUCCAGCGCUGUCUAUGGAGGCAACGGCUACAACGGCAGCAGUGUGCUCGAUGCCGUCAAGAACAUCGAGAGCAUGCAGCAGCACGAGGCCGGCAGCCCCAACUCGUCGCCCAGGAGCGUGCGCAACGGCGCAGGCUUGACGAUGAACCUCGUGGCGCCAGACCACUCUGCGGAUCGAGACACCUCCCCAGCGGCUUCUGACCAGGGCGACCAGUUGGAGACGCCCACGUCGUCGACGGGUACCGAAGACUCUCGGCGCGAAGGGGAGGCUGGCGAGCGCGGAACGGAAGGUGACGAGGAAGCAAGCGAUGACGAUGACGAAGACGAUCGCUUCCGCUCUGGCAGAGGCAGCAGCACGUCCGUGGUCAUGCGGGACAUAAACUGAGGCAGAGGGAAGUCUUUUCUGGAGCGCAACAAACUGGAGUACAUCUAAUGGGCAGAAAGCUUUAGUGCCAAUCAAAACAAGGCCUGUGUGUUUUUUGUUUUACAUCCUGAGAUUUGAACAUUUGCUUCUCUUUAGUGAGAACCAAGCUUUGGCCUUCGAUGACUGAUUGGAGACACUCAUGUGACCACGUAUAUUUUUUUUUAUGAGUUAGAAACAACCUACUUAGUUAGCAUGUGCGUCGUCUUUAUGCAGGUAUGUAGAUCGAUUUACUUUAACAGACUGACUUUUGGACCAUGCGCUCUAGAAAUCGUUUCUACAAUGACAGAAUAUUUAAUUUGUAGCCGAGGAGUUAACUGUUAUCUCUCUUACAAAUUUCAUGGCUCUGAAAAUUAGUGGAAAUUCCGUCAAGAAAUGUUGAGCCUUGGGCAUCUAUUGUUCCGACGAUGUUCAUUUCAUAGUGCAUUUUAAUAAUAAUAAUGGUUGUGAAGAUAUGCCCAAGUAAAAGAUACUCAAAAUUGAGGUGGCAUUAGCAUAACAGCAAAACCUGAAUGGCAUUCGAUUAACGCCAAAGUAAAUGUCAAUUCUAAAUAUGGGUCUGUAGACGCUUUACAGGCACAGCAAGUUAGAAGUUUUAGAAUUAUCAAUUAGCAGGCUGAGAGGCUCGCAGCGUAGACUUUAUCUAUCAAGAAUUUCUCGUUAUUGGAACAUAAACAAUGACUGUUACUCAAAACCUAUUAACACGCUUAUAUUACUUUAAGUACAUUUGAAGAGUCGUUUAAUGCCUUAAGUGUUGUUAAUUUCUCUUUUAAGUUGUAAAGAGAUGUGAUUUCAAAUGCUUAGUCUAUAUUUAAAGGAAUCCUAAUCGUAUGUGGAACAAGGCAGAUUGUGUAAGCGUAGUGGAAUUCGCGCCUUUGCGUUGUGUUCUUCUAAAUGUAAUGUGCAAAGCAGAAAGACUGUUCCCCCACCUUUUUGUUUCACUGCUAAAAUCGGCUGAGUUCCCAUAUCACAAGUAUCCGUAGACAAGUUUUGAGACAUUUUUUAAUGGACUGUUAUUCAUAUUUUUUGUUUUAUAUCUUUAUUGUACAGGUUUACGAGAUAAUUCGGUUUUGUUAUGAUUGUGUAGUUAAAUUAAUUUGAUAGAUUGGCUGGAACAAUAUAAGUAGCAAUUGUCAAUAAGCAAUAAGUUCAACACCCGCACUGUACUUUUAAAUACAUUGCCUUUUGAAGGCUACCGUUUCAACCAGAUAUCUUUGUAUGUAGGUUUCUUGUGAUGAGUGGUUCAUAUCUGUAAAUACGAAAAUCCAUUAUCAUGCGACUUCACUGCCACCUAUAGUCAAUAUAAGAUAAGAAUUGAGAGUUUCUAAAUCGUGUUAGCUGUCUUUUUAUUUUAUUUCCAUCUAGUACAUAUGCUACACUUUUGCGGACUAAAUAGCAGUUGUAUAAUUUAAUAGAUUCAUUUUAUUUUCAGUUGAGUGUUAUGUGUAAGUAGAAAUAAUCUAAGUGUGUACACAUUUUGAGUCAAUUCUUUAUGUAUUGCCUGGUGGAUGGACCCAGUCUAUUUCUGCAUAAUGUAGGUGCUAACCUAAUGUACUUUCGUGUACGCUUAACGCUUCCUUCUGAGACGGUUUCAUAUUUUCUUGUUGUGAACACGGAAGUAAUUGAAUGAUAUAAACAAUCCCUGUCAAUUAGGCUAUAGCCGUAUUUAAAUAGGAGACCUAAUCCCGAGAGCAAAAGCCCAAAGCGAAGAAUAUAGGGCCGAACAGGGCCUGGGCGCCCGAUCCCACCACCCAUCACUGUCGUCUCCACAUUCUCCGCUUCGAGUUUUCGUCUUUGCGUUUAGCUCUCAGGAGGAUAAGCUCUUUUAACUAAAUACGGCUUUUUCUUCGUUUUAUCGCAAGGCAGAUAGGUACAUUUUAAUGGCCCGAGUAAUAUGCACCUCUAAGGCAGCAUAAAAGAAAGUCUCCUGCGGGCAGGCUGACUGCGGCACAUAUCUGUUAUUUUACAACAUUACGUCUUAUAAAACUGCUCUUUCUAAUCAACGCAUCAUGAAUACGUGAGUGUGGGCGUAUCUGUGCAUGAUCUGUGUGAGAAACGGAGAAAGCGGGAGGAAGAGAGUGCUUGAGAAAAGAAGGAAAUGGAGAGAGAGGAAGGGGCGAGGUGUGUGUGUGUGUGUGUGUGUGAGAGAGAGAGAGAGAGAGAGAGAGAGAGAGAGAGAGAGAGAGAGAGACGGGAUACCAGAUAGUGUGGAUCACAUUCCUAAAUGGCAAUGAUGCUCGCAUAAUAAAAAUAAACUAUGCUCAAACCUGCCUUGUGUAAAACAAUCUCAGACGCAACUCAUGUGGUGGACUGGUAAUGUAAGUGUGAUGUUCACUAUUCUGCAUAGAAGAGUGUUUGUGUUUAGCCAUUCAACAGUAUUCUCAUUACAUAGUUAAUAUAUUUAAUUUUAGAAUAUGGACGAGGCUGCUAUUAACAUUUUGUACAAAGAUUUGAAUCUCGUGUAAAAUAUUAAAGUAGGACACAAAACUUGCUGAAUAAUGUGUACAUUAUUUUCUAGGGAGUCGCACUGAUUGUACUUUGCAAUAUUGCUAUAUAAUGUUCAAAGAGAAGAGUAAACCUAAGCAGAGAUUUACGCUCAUGCUUUUUUGCACAUAUCAUCUGGUUAAGAAUGAACAGUGUAAAGUAUUUUAGAGUUUCGCAAUUUGUUAUUAUUUACAGUGUAUCAACCAGUACAUCUUGUUUCAUAAUUGUUAUCAUUUUAGGUUUUAUUUAUACAUUGUUUAUACGUUCAUGACGUGGAGCAAAUUUGUUACUUUGGUAGCUGAAGUGAUCAGUGUUGCUAUUAGUUUUCCUUGCUAAUAAAACGAAGCUAUGUAAGCUACCAAUUUUCGUGCCAUUUAAUAAUUUUUAAUGUUCCAAAAGUUUGAAAUGUUAAUUAUUUGACGUAACCUUCACUUUCAAUAAGGUUUGCUGUCGAUAUUCAGACUUUAUUAUUAUUUUUAAGGGUACGAGAGCUAUUGUUCCUAUCGAGUGUCUCGAGUCGCCUUUACUGUACGGUUGCAAAAAGAAAGCGCUAAAUCAGUUAGUAAACCAAAACUACGGAAGUUGA